ACCAAACAUAGGAGGUGUAGCAUUAAAAGCAUAGCUUAUAAACUUUACUAAGCUCUUCCUAGAAAUUCUCUGAUAUAGCAAGUUCUUGUGUUAACUCAAUCAACACUUCCAAUUCAGCAAUGGCUUCCUCAACUUCUGCUAUGCAAUCUAUCCUGGCUAACCCUAUGAUCCGCAUGACCACCAGGUCAAGGGUGAACCAGUUCACCAUUCCUUCUGUCUACAUGCCAAGCCAGAGAAGGAACUCUAGCCUGAGAGUUAGGUCCAUGGCUGAAGAGCCAAAAAAGCAACCUAUUGAACCUGCUACUAGUGCAAGCCCAGUUACUCCAUCAGCACCACCACCAAAACCUCGUGCACCAAAGGUGAGCACUAAGUUUUCAGAUGUGAUGGCAUUUGGUGGGCCUGCACCUGAGAGGAUCAAUGGAAGAUUGGCCAUGAUUGGGUUUGUAGCUGCAAUGGCAGUGGAAGUUGCCAGAGGGCAGGGAGUGUUUGAACAAAUAUCAGAUGGUGGAGUUCCAUGGUUCUUGGGGACUAGUGUGGUGCUCACUCUAGCUUCAUUGGUUCCAUUGUUUCAAGGGGUUAGUGUGGAAUCAAAGUCCAAAGGAGUCAUGACCUCUGAUGCAGAGCUCUGGAAUGGAAGGCUUGCUAUGUUGGGUUUGAUUGCCUUGGCCUUUACAGAGUAUGUUAAGGGAGGAAUCCUGGUGUAAGAGUUCAAAGGCUUAGGAACAAUGUAUUAUAAGGAUUGUUUUAUUGAAGGCGAUGUAUGAAACUUGGGUGUGUUUUUUAAUACCCAUAUAGAAUUAAUGAAGUGUCAUACAUUAUUCAUAAGCAAAGUUCUUGUUAUCUACA